AAAAAGUUCCCCGGCAUCGAGUCCACGUUCCCCGGCAUCGAGUCCCAGGGUUCCCACCGUCGCCGCCGCCGCUGAAUCCGCCCCCGGCUCGCCGCUCCGACGCCCACCACCUCGUCCACCCGCGACCUAACAGCAGCCGCCACCUCGUCCAUCGCCCGCCCAUCCCCCCCCCCCCCCCCAACCAACCGGCGACCUCGAGCUCGUCCUCUCCAUGUCUUCCUCCCAGCCGCAGCAGUAAUUCCUAAUGCUGGAUAGUAUAAACUCGGAGGCAUUCACACACGCACAGCCGCUGCCGCCACCAGAAACUUGCGAGCAUUCCCAGCCAUGCUGGACACGCCAGCGGAUCUUGCCAGGGAACGAGAAGAGGAAACCGCUUGCGACCGUAUCUUCAGGGAAUUCAUGGCCGGGGUGACGCGGUUCGAGGAGCUCGUGGAUGGCGGGAGGCGAUUCCUGACGAGAUUACGGCAAGAGCUAGAGUAUUUUCGGAGGCCGCGGAUUCCGGUUGAAUCGGAUGUUAUAGGUGAGAUAGUUAGAUCUAACUGCACCGACAGGAUGAAGUCCUAUCUCGAAUCAGGCUGCAGCCUUCACUGCCAGAGCAUCUCCAACUUGAGCCAGUUAAAUUCAUGCGAGGGAGAGCUCAAAGGUUGUAUACACAAAGUGAAGGCACUGCUCGAAGAACUUCAAUGCCUAGUGGAAGGUGCUUAUGACGCAACACUAACAGCCAAUUUACGUGGUAUGCAUGUUCCAGACGAGAGCACUGCUGAUAACUGCAGAGAGGAGAAGGGGGAGCAACCUGCAGAUCACCUCGACAGUGAUUCAUCACUCGUUACAUUGAUGAUCCUCAUCCAUAACAUGCUAAAGCUUGACUACACGAUGCAGGAGAAGAUUGCUGGGUCACUGUCCCUCAAAUCAUCUUCCGCGGAGCUUGAUGGUUACUGCCUUAUGUGGGAUCUGAGGCCGUACGCCGAGGGCGACGUGAUGAAUCUUGCGUGGAAAUCAUGCCCGUAGAAACCCUUUGGGCCCCUGGUUGUUGGUAGAUCAUGCCCAGCGACUUCUACAGCUAGAUAGCCAUGUGUGUAACUUAUGAUUGUAGCACUGACACUCCAGGAAGAUUUGUAUGGUAGACUGCAAUUUGUUAUGGGGAGUCCUACUCUGAGAUCUGCAGAGAUCCUUUUAACAGAGAGAAGAAUAAAGGUCUAUCUGAGUA